AUGUUGUUCAAAAACUUAAUACCCGCAGCUAUUGCGCUUCUUCCCGCGCUCGUCUCCGCCGAAGCAGUCCUCGACCUCACCCCCUCCAACUUUGGCGAUGUCGUCCUCAAGUCUGGCAAGCCUGCCCUAGUAGAGUUCUUCGCUCCGUGGUGCGGCCACUGCAAGAACCUCGCUCCCGUCUACGAGGAGCUUGCCACCGUGUUCCAGCACGCCUCGGACAAGGUCACAGUCGCAAAGGUCGACGCCGACCAGCACAAGUCAUUGGGCAAGGACUACGGCGUCUCGGGCUUCCCGACGCUCAAGUGGUUCGAUGGAAAGAGCAACAAGCCCACCGACUACAACGGCGGACGUGAUCUCGAGAGCUUGAGCAAGUUCAUCACAGAGAAGACCAGCCUGAAGCCUAAGAUCAAGGGCAAGCUCCCCAGCCAGGUUACCUUCCUCGAUGACCAAAGCUUCAAGCAGAAGGUCGGAAAGGACCAGGACGUCCUCGUCGCCUUUACUGCCCCAUGGUGCGGACACUGCAAGACUCUCGCACCCAUCUGGGAGACCCUCGCCAACGACUUCGUCAACGAGCCCAGCGUCCUAAUCGCCAAGGUCGAUGCCGAAGCCGAGAACUCCAAGGCCCUCGCAACCGAGCAGGGCGUCCAGUCUUACCCCACCAUCAAGUACUUCAAGAAGGGUAGCACCGAGGCUCUCCCAUACGAGGGCGGUCGCUCUGAGAAGGACUUCAUCGAGUUCCUCAACACCAACGCCGGCACCCACCGCGCUGUUGGUGGUGGUCUUGACGCUACUGGCGGAACCAUCGAAGCCUUCAACACCAUUGUCGAGAAGUUCCAGGGCGCAUAUGCUGAUGGCGCUGAGGAGGCGAAGAAGCUGGCCGACACACUCCAGGACAAGUACGCCCAGUACUACGCCAAGGUCUUCCAGAAGGCCGCCGCGAACGAGGGAUACGCCCAGAAGGAGUUCAAGAGGCUCCAGGGCUUGAUCGGCAAGGGCAACCUUGCGCCUGAGAAGCUCGAUGACCUCGUUAGCAGGAGCAACAUCCUCAGGCGGUUCUUGGGCAAGGAGGAGAAGAGCGAGUUGUAGAUGCUGUCUCUCCCGGCCGACGAGACGAUAUUGCACAUUUAGCGAUGGUACUCUUUAUGACUAGCCUUGGAUACAUGGGAUAUGAUGGGAUACGUAAAAGCGCAGGUAUGAUGCAAGUAGAUCUUGUGUGAUUAUGAGAAUGAUAUAGCUUAACAAACGAUAAGAACAAACACAAAACUAAACUCAUUAUUGU